AUGGGUUGCACAGGGGGAUCGAUUCAAAUGCCAAUAGUGACUAUUUUGCUAAUAAUUCUUUGGAGCUCGGCCGAUUCCCGAUCCAAUUUUUACACGGAUGCAGUUUGCACGAUAUCCGACCAAGAUUUCACUGUGGUUUUCCUAAGCGAGCCCCCGUAUGUGUUGGAUAACUCUUUAAAAAUUGGUAAUGGUUUUAUCUACGAUUACGUGAAGGCUGCUUUAGUCCAUUGUUCUGCACAAUACCGCUGCAACACGAAAAAUAUCAUCUGGAAGAAAGUUGCGACGCAAUAUGAUUUAAGUGCGUACGUCCUCAAUGGCACGGCAGACAUCGCUAUCCCGAUUGCUCCGUCUCUCUCCGCUUCGUUGGAUGAAGAGUGGGAGAAGUCAGGUAAUGAUCGCGUGACCCUAGUCGGAGUUUUAAAGUCGCCGGGUCUCGCCAUGGUAAUUGAUUACAGUGCUUGUAAGGACCAGAUCGCGAGCAAGACGACCGCUACAAUAUUAUCUGCUUGGCCUAUCUGUGCUGCAAUGCUGCUACUGGCGGGUAUUUCAGGCAUCUCAAUAUGGGCAUUGGUAAGUGAAUUAGAUACGGUUUUGAGUGGAAGGGGGGAGGGUUGCAUUAGUGGACAUGCUCCCAGUCGCUCCUGGGACAGGGUCGAUGUACCCUGAACAGGAGUCCAUUCACCGGAGCGAGCAACUCCCAUACUAGGCCUAUGGCUCAUGGCGUUUUUACGGAUCAGUUUAUUUUUAGACACAUUUUAGGGUACUUUUUCCCCCGAAAAUAGAAUCUCCGCCAUGGCUAUGAGCGCACUCGAAGUAUAAGAUAUCAACUCCUGCCUUGAAUCAUGAGAUGUUCUUCUUUCAAUACCCAGUCUUGCGCUACCCGCACACCUCGUCACAUACCCAGGCUUUUAUUGCUUAAAUUACGGUUAUAGGUAGGGAACGAGUCUAGAGAAGGAGAGUCUCCCUCGAUUCUUGUUAAAUCCAGCUAUAUACAAAUAGAACAUACAAUGAUCAAGAAUAAACCUGUUUAUUCAUUUCGUUUUUGUAACCUCGUGACCUUACUUUAAGGGUAAAUUUUAAUUCCUCAUAUGUCAAAAGGAAAAAGACUGAAGAAAAGCAGGGACCAGCAAUAGAUGUCCGCUUCAUUCAGGUGUCCGUCUUACAGAAGUCCUCGCACCAAAGAAAAGAGUUGGCUGACGGACUAAAAAGACGAAAAAAUGUAUUAUUGUUUUAUUUUUGUUUAGUCAUCUUUUUGCUUUUUUCAAGCUAUAAGACAACAGACGCCUUUUAGUAGAAGCAAUUAAGUCCAUAUAAAGACGAACGAAAACUAAACUUAUAUCCUCUUCAGGAAAUGCAUUCAGGGGAGCGAGAAUUCCCGUCUUCCUUUGGAAGGGGAUCAUCAGAAGGAUUUUGGUGGGCGUUUGUUACCAUGACAACCGUAGGGUAAGAAAAGCAGCAGCUAUUAUCAAUGUAUUUGUGAGGUAAACUAGUUGAGGUUUGUUGCCUCAGUGCUCAGGUGAAGUUUCUAUUAUAUCAGUAUAUUUCAUUCCGUCAUCUAUCCUUAUACCUCUCCAUGUGAAAUCACGAGGGUAGAAGGUCAUAUGCCUGUGAACCGGGAUUCCUAACGGGGACAAAAGGUCCCUUACAAAACCUGAAAACCAUGAAAACUUGUCUCCGCCAAUUUCAGUCUGUGAAAAGGUGCAUCGAACAAUUGAAUCAUCGUAUAUAAUCCCUCCCCGAUCCGACCCGACUCGACCCGUCCCGACCCGACUACCCUCACCGCUCACCACACGGCUUACUUGAUAUCACUGUAACUGUCUUGUUUCAGAUACGGCGACAAGGUUCCUCGGACACUCUGGGGUCGUUUGUUUAGCAUAUUAUGGAUGCUUAUUGGCCUUUGCCUGGUUUCCGUUUUUACUGCAGCUAUCACUAGUGCCAUUACUGUUUCGUCAGUGGGUUCGGAUUGUCAGAAAAUCCAAGGGAAACAAGUAGGUCGCUUUUAAUUUUCUUAUAAGCCAAGCAGCAUUGCAGUCUGGAACCCAGAAUGUUUACCCUUGGAGUUUGGGGCCCCGUGAGGGAGUGUAGGUUUGUAUGAAUCAGUGCUUUUGAAGAUAACUGAGUGGAGCCCCGUGGAGCUCAAGCCGUUUUCCUGAGUCGCUGGAACCAAUUUUGGUUCCUGUUUGGCCCAAAUUGGUUCAUAUACAGGGAUUUUUCUUCGCUCCUAUGAGGGAUUUUUCAUUCAUAGAAAUUACAAAGGGCGAGAAAAGCCCUUAUGAGACAGGUGACCCAAUGAUGCCGGGGUCAUUUGAUAUCUAUUCACCCUACACCCUUGAGUACUUGUUGCGCACUUGUAAGUUUUUUUAAAGCCUAAGGCUCAGUUUUAUUCCCUGAAAUGUCCUAAAAACCAACAAACUGGUUUCUGAAACGUAUCCUAUCCUGGCGACUCACUAAUUUUAUCACAGCUUCUUUCGCAAGACCUUCCUGUUUUAAAUGCACAUUAAUCAUAGCAAGCAAAAAACUUUUUGUUGGCGGCCUUUAAUUCUUACAUCAGAUAGCUGCAUUAAAUGGAUCUGACGCUGAAAAGGAAUCAAGACACCCUGGGGCGAAUGUCACAGGUAGGUAUGCUCUUUCGAAAAUAUAAUCUUCUUAUCCCAGACACAUGCACAAGAUAAGCAAUCUUGCAACCUCUCCUAAUACAAAAAAAGGUGUAGCGGUGAAUCCUGGAGCCAUUGCGGAUCUUUGGGAACUCGGAUUUUUGUCUCCUUUGCUCGUUGUGGCGUUGGGGGAGUAUACCCAUGGACCACCUACAGGAAUGGGCCUCUGGCCAAUUACAGUUGUGACUACGCUACCACUGUUAACCAAAGGGCCUAUUACGUCUUUUCAGUAUGUUAGAUAUCCCAAGAUAAUAAAACCAAAUUUUGACUUCAAAUAUGUGACAAUAUUUUCCGGCAAAGACGGCAAAAUGAAAAGAGCCCAAAAGGUAAAAGAAUGAAGAUAUAAUAAACAAGAUAGAUGACGAUUUUUAUACUGCAAAGUGACUAUAUUUUCAGUUUCAUGUAUUUGAGAUCAAGGUCACAGUAGCUAUGUAUGCAAUUAAAGCAGCUGCAAAAAGAAACCCUGAAAAAAUUCGUGCUUGGUCGAGCUGCGAACCCAUCACCUUAUCGAUACAGAUGCAGUGCGAUUAUUACAAAGCUAUAAAAGCCCUCAUCUAUAGUGCGAUAGUGGCCAACAGGGAGCUGCUCACUUUGUGAGUUCGUAAGCUAUACACUAAAAAAAAGCCUUAUACACUAUACACUAUAAACUAUUGAAAAAGGUCAGGAUAAUUGCAUUUAAAGCAUUUCUCGCCCUUUUGUUACUAAAACUAAUUCAAGUGCCUAUAAGGGAGAUUUGCUCCGUUACCGUUUCUCCUCCAUUGUUAAUACCUAAGAGUUGUUUUACCUUUAAAUCUUCAAAGUAUACGAAUCGGAAAUGGCGAUGUUCCAAAGCUUACAAGCAGGGCGGGUCGAUGGUGCUAUGUUGGAUAGAUUUAAAGCUUAUUAUUACUUGGAUAAACUGAAAGACGACCGUUUAAGAGUGGCACUACAGAUUGACAGUCCCCAGGAGUAUAGCGUCGCACUGGUCAACAGAAGCGUCCCACAGCUCACGGCCAAGAAUGGCUGCUUAGAAAAAUAUUUGGUUGGCUCACAUAGUCACUUG